UCCUGGGCGGGGCCGGGGCUGCGCAGUCAUGAUCACUGCCAAGGCCGCGGAGGACUCCGCUGUCCCCUCGGUGCCCGGUACUGCGGUGGCUACCGGUGUCCCGGAGCGCGAGGAGCCGGCGUGGCCCUGGAAAGAUGCCCCGAUCCGGGCGCUGGUGCAGCGCAUCCACCAGUUGCAAGCUGAGCGCGCGCAGGCCUUCCGCCGGCUGGAGGAAGGCCACCUCCAGUACCUGCGAAGCGGCCCGCCCUACGACUUCCCGCGCUACCGGAGCACGGUGCACGAGGUGACCCAGGCCUUCGCCGCCGCCUCGCGGGAGGUGCUGGCGCUGGAGGCCGAGCUGGCCGGGCCCAGAGGCCAGCCGCUGCUCGCGAGCCACGUGCGCAGCCUGCAACAGCUGGAGCAGACGCGCCUGGCUACGGUGGCCCUGCUGCAGCUGAUGGGGGCACCGGAGUUGUCUGGGCAGGAGAACGCUCUGCACACGCACCCGCUGAAGAUGAAUUCCCAUCCACUGUUGUAGGGUAAUUAAAACCAUGGAAGCAAUCAGCGAGGUUCUUCAGGACCUUAGGUUUGAUGCAGAAUCUGCCGAGUGAUGGUGGCUCCCCAGGGACACGCCGAGGGCUACGGGAAAUGGGGUGAAUUGCACCCAGCCCACCCCUGGACCGUCAGCUGGCUGGGGUCCUGCUCCACCCGGUUGCUCACCGCCCUUGAGUUUGCUGUGACUCACACAAUAAAGGACCCUUCAUUUGCAGCUA